UUUUUUUUUUUUUGCCGGAAACCGGUGUUGUUGACACUUCCGGUAAGUGACAAUGGCGACAGAGGUGAGGCAGGAGCUUGCACAGCUGAUGAAUUCAAGUGGUUCUCAUAAAGAUCUUGCUGCUAAAUACCGACAAAUUUUGGAGAAAGCUGUCCAAUUCUCAGAUGCAGAUCGGCUUGAAUCCUUGAAGGCUUUUGUUGAAGCAAUGGUCAAUGAAAAUGUCAGCCUUGUCAUCUCAAGACAGUUGCUCACAGACUUCUGCACACACCUGCCCAACCUGCCAGAUGGAACAGCGAAAGCAGUGUAUCACUUCACCUUGGAAAAGAUUCAACCAAGAGUCAUCUCGUUUGAGGAGCAAGUAGCUUCUAUCAGACAACACUUGGCAACCAUUUAUGAAAAAGAAGGUGACUGGAGAAAUGCUGCCCAGGUUUUAGUUGGUAUUCCUCUGGAAACAGGACAGAAGCAGUACAAUGUUGACUAUAAGCUGGAUACAUACCUGAAAAUUGCUCGUCUCUACUUGGAGGAUGAUGAUCCAGUGCAGGCAGAGGCGUACAUUAACAGAGCCUCGUUGCUUCAGAAUGAGUCAUCUAAUGAACAGCUGCAGAUACAUUACAAGGUGUGUUAUGCCAGAGUUCUAGACUUCAGGAGGAAGUUCAUUGAAGCUGCACAGCGGUACAACGAGCUCUCUUAUAAAUCUAUUGUCCAUGAGAGUGAACGCCUGGAAGCUUUGAAACACGCCCUGAACUGCACUAUUCUGGCUUCCGCAGGUCAGCAACGUUCGCGAAUGCUGGCCACACUCUUCAAGGACGAGCGCUGUCAGCAACUGGCCGCCUACGGCAUUCUGGAGAAGAUGUACCUGGACCGAAUCAUCAGAGGCAACCAGCUGCAGGAGUUUGCUGCCAUGCUGAUGCCUCACCAGAAGGCCACAACAGCGGAUGGCUCCAGCAUCCUUGACAGAGCUGUGAUUGAGCACAACCUCCUGUCUGCUAGUAAGCUGUACAACAACAUCACUUUUGAAGAACUAGGAGCGUUGUUGGAAAUCCCACCAGCAAAGGCAGAGAAGAUUGCCUCCCAGAUGAUCACUGAAGGUCGCAUGAACGGCUUCAUUGACCAAAUAGAUGGUAUUGUGCACUUUGAGACCAGGGAGCCCCUCCCUACAUGGGACAAACAGAUCCAGUCUCUGUGUUUCCAAGUCAACAAUCUCCUGGAGAAGAUCCGACAGGCUGCUCCGGAUUGGGCAGCACAAGCUAUGGAAACUCAGAUGACCCAGUGAACAUCUUCCAGUCAUUCCCCCUAAAUUUCUCAAACAGCUCAUUCUAAGAUUUGUCUUUCUGCUCAAAAAUCUCACCACUUGAGUCACAGUAAUGGACCCACAACAAACCCUUUACUGUCCCUGGUUUCAAAUGUCCCCACCACCACCACCACCGUGCACACACACACACUCUUUUGCCCACGUGGGCAUUGGUUCAGUACUUUGAGGGCUGUUUUCCAAUUUGUCAAGCGUAGAUGUGAUCACAGUGACUUUAAGUUUCCACGUGCUUAUUCAUGUCCAUAACAUACAACAGUCCAAAUUAAGAUUUCCUGGUUUAUUUAAAGUUUUACGGUCACAUUCUUCUGUGUUUAACUUAACAACUCAACCGUAUCUGUCCCGUGGUUCUUCAUUUAUUGUUUCAUGUGAACCUUUCAGUUCGCACUUAUGAAAUUUCAGCAACGAAUUAAAUUUCCAGAUGUGA